CUUUUUGCUUUGUUUGUAUAGGUUGACCUGCGAAGAGCAAAUAACUGUGAAAUAAUGCUUACGAAAAUAAAGAUUCCUCUACCAGAUAUGCUUAGUGCAGUUCUAGCCUUAGAUUCAUCAGCUCUGGACAUCGACCAAGUUGAAAAUCUCAUCAAAUUUUGCCCGACCAAGGAGGAAAUGGAAAUGUUAAGGAAUUAUACUGGUGACAAGGAAAUGCUCGGAAAGUGUGAACAGUUUUUCAUGGAACUAAUGAAGGUUCCACGUAUUGAAGCUAAGUUACGAGUGUUUGGCUUUAAGAUUACCUUUGCUUCUCAGGUUGACGAGUUAAAAAGCUGCCUAAAUAUAAUAAACGCUGCUACUAAAGAGGUGAAGGAGUCUGCAAAGUUGCGUCAAAUUAUGCAAACAAUUUUAACACUGGGAAAUGCUCUAAAUCAGGGAACUGCGAGAGGGUCUGCUGUGGGGUUCAAACUGGACAGUCUUCUUAAAUUAUCUGAUACACGUGCCAGAAAUAACAAAAUGACUUUGAUGCAUUACUUAUGCAAGCUUGUUGGUGAGAAAAUGCCAGAACUGCUGGAUUUUGCUAAUGACCUUGUUCACUUAGAAGCUGCAUCGAAGAUUGAAUUGAAAACGUUGGCUGAAGAAAUGCAAGCGGCGACUAAAGGCCUUGAAAAGGUUGAGCAAGAACUCAUGGCUUCAGAAAAUGAUGGUGCCAUUUCUUUGGGCUUCCGGAAGGUCUUGAAGGAUUUUCUUGAUACCGCUGAUGAGGAAGUGAAGACGCUUGCUUCGUUAUAUUCAGAAGUGGGAAGAAAUGCAGAUUCUUUGUCUCACUACUUCGGUGAAGAUCCAGCUCGAUGUCCUUUCGAGCAAGUGACCAAGAUUCUGACUCUUUUCAUGAAGACGUUCAUAAAAUCUCGAGAGGAGAAUGAAAAACAAGCCGAGGCUGAUAAGAAGAAACUGGAGAAAGAAGCAAUAAAGGAGAAGUCAGCAACAAAGAAAGAUGGCGCUGAUAACGAUAACGAUCUUAUCCAGCAGAUCCAUAGACAUAGAACAUGAAACAAACAUUGUUCUUUAACUCUGAAGACCCGAAGAUUUCGGAUCGCUAAAAGCUUUUCUUUAUAGGAGUCAAUGUUGCACAUACGGAACGAGAGACGAAGUAGUCAAUUUCGAUGAUGUUCGAUGGAAGUGUUUUUUUAAUCUCUGAUCACUUCAUUGAUGUAAAAAUCAGAGGUUCGUGUUUAUGUCCUAGAAACUAUUUGAACUUUUGUAGAAUCCAAAAGUUAUAUUAUCAUCACUGUGCAGAGAAAAACAUUUUUCUUUUCCAAAGAAUAAUAAAUGUUUACUUUUUA